AUGAUGUCCCUCAUGCUUGGACCGGAGCAUGCACAAGCAUGCGUACCGGUCAAAGAAUCAGGGGGUUAUUGGCUUGUUCAUUUGCUUAUCUUCCUUCGCUCUCACAAAUCUGACCUGGGGGCCGGCAAAUCAGGGCGAAAGGAUGGUGAGGGGUUUGAAAAAGAAGACGCGGUGAGCGAUGGAGACUGCUGCGGAGCAGUCAGAUGA